AAGAUUUCCCGUUCAUCUCCCCCUUCCUUCCUAGUCCUCCUAUCACUCUCACUCUCGACCUUCCUCAAUCCUCGCCGCCGGCGGCCCAGCCCCGCCCCAGCCGCCCGCGCACCAUCUCCCGCUCCGUCCCCGCGUGCCGCUCCCGCUGCUCGCCGAGCCCGCCCUCCCCGGAUCUCCAGCCAUGUACGGCGGCGACGAGGUCUCGGCCAUCGUCAUCGACGUGGGCUCGUACAGCUGCAAGGCGGGCUACGCCGGCGACGACGCCCCCAAAGCCGUCUUCCCCUCGGUUGUUGGUUCAAUUGAACAAACCGGAGAUACUGAUGAAGCUAAGCCAGAGAAGGAGGCUGACUCUGCAUCUGAUCCUAAGAAUGGAUCCAAGCCUAUGGAUGUGGACAAAGCCAAGACAAAGCGCAAGUUUUUUGUUGGUCAAGAACUAGAAUUCAGGAGGGAUCAUAUGGAGCUCAUCUCGCCGAUGAAAGAUGGAACAAUUACUGAUUGGGAUGUUGUUGACAACAUAUGGAAUCAUGCUUUUAGACGGCGGCUAUUGAUCAAUCCUGAAGAGCACCCUAUGCUGAUAGCAGAGCCAUCAACAAAUAAUGGACAACAAAGAGAGAAAGCUGCAGAACUUAUGUUUGAGAAGUACAAAGUGCCAGCGCUGUUCCUAGCAAAAAAUGCAGUUCUCACAUCUUUUGCGUCUGGGCGUGCCACAUCUCUGGUGGUUGACAGUGGUGGCGCGUCUACUGUGGUUUCUGCUGUGCAUGAUGGUUAUGUUUUGCAAAAGUCUGUGGCAACUUCUCCGAUUGGUGGUGAAUUUUUAACUGACUGUAUGAUGAAAAGCUUGGAGAGCAAGGGCGUAGUUAUUAGGCCCCGGUAUUCAUUUAAGAAGAAGGAAGUGAGCCCUGGAGAUUAUAAGGUCGUAGAUCUUGAUUUUCCGAACACGACCGAUAGUUACAGGUUGUACUGCAUGAGAGCUAUUGCUAGCGACAUCAAGGAGUCAGUUUCCAGAGUCCCAGAUACUCCCUUUGAUGAAGUGGCAUAUGCAAAUGUUCCCACAACUUCGUAUGAGCUUCCAGAUGGGCAAACUAUUGAAGUUGGUGCAGAUAGAUUCAAGAUUCCUGACAUUUUGUUCAAUCCAUAUCUUUCUCAGACUAUUCCUGGCGUCAAUGGAUUUGGAGAUUCCACUUCAAUUCGUGGACUUCCACGGAUGGUACUUGAAAGUGUAAAUAGGUGUGAUGUUGACAUUCGUAAGGAGCUACUCAGCAGCAUCUUGCUUUCUGGUGGCUCAUCAUCGAUUCUGCAGUUAAAGGAGCGCCUAGAAAAGGAAGUAAUGGAGGAGUCCCCUCAAAAUGCUCGUGUAAAGGUUUUGGCAAGUGGAAAUGCAACAGAGAGGCGAUUCAGUGUUUGGAUUGGAGGUAGCAUUCUUGCAUCUCUUGGGUCGUUCCAGCAGAUGUGGUUCUCCAAGGCAGAGUAUGAAGAGCAUGGCGUUUCCUAUAUCCAAAGGAAAUGCCCAUGAAAUGGUGGAACAUGCUACUUACUCAAGCUUUGUGCUGCCGAAAGAUGCACCUGGGCGCCUAACCGGUUAGAUGCAGGCGACGGCACUACCUUAUUACCACUACCUUGAUAGCUAUUCUCUGGAGAUAUUUAUUCAUGUCAUGACUAAAUUAGUUCUUAGGUCUGUGGUGCAACUUGAGAACAAACUCAUUAAUGGUAGAUACUAGCACAUGUGCAAAUUAUUUUCAUCGGUGAUGUUAAAAUGUAACUGAGUUACUCUCUAGGCUCAGUUGUAUCCUAGAGUGAAAUAUUUAGCCAUUUAGUUGUCUGGUUCCUGAAUCUUUACCUGAUUGACUAUCUGAGUUAGCCAUGACAAACAUAUAUUUAACUUGUGAUUUCCAGGUGGCGUCUGUCA